CGUCGGCUUCCCGCUGCUAGUGCUGUGUUAGUGAUUUAGUGAAGCGUAUACUGAAGCAACUACUCCUGUACCUAAGCCACUGGGUGAAAUUUUCUAGGCCAAUCGUGCCUCCCGUGCAGAGCCAACUCUAAUUCCGAUUCGCCCACCGCCUGCGGCGUUAUCUAUCGGCGUCAUCAACUUCUAUCGUCGCCAUCAUUACCUGUGAUUCCUCCCCGUUCGCGUCAUCCCCCCGUCUAUCCAUCCCAUCGACUCUCCUCCACCCUCAUCGCCGACUCGACCAUCUAAGCCCUGCCAUUGCCUCUACCACUGUCUCUGACACGCUGGCUACCCUGUGUUCCUCUCCUGUCGAUGGCCAUUUUUACUGCUCCUAGAUCCCUUCAGAAUGCCUACUCGCCUGAGUUCAUGACCCAGUCCCAGAUGGGCGUCAUGAAUAGCGCCCCCCACUCCAGCCAUCCCUCGUUCCUUCAUCUGGUCCUCUUGGUCUUUGAAGCCGUCCUCGAGGUCAUUUGCGUGAGUCUUCCGGGCUACAUUGCCGCCAAACAAGGCUUGUUCGAUGCAGACGCCCAGAAGCUCGUAGCAAACCUCAAUGUCACGCUAUUUACCCCCUGCCUGAUCUUCACCAAGCUUGGUUCUCAGCUUACAGCAGAGAAGCUCACCGAUCUGGCCAUCAUUCCGGCCAUUUUCGUUGUCCAGACUUUUGUCUCUUAUUCAUGUGCCUGGGCUGUCUCACGAUGCCUCCGCCUCAAGAAACGACCCUCCAAUUUCAUAGCCGCCAUGGCGGUGUUUGGAAACUCGAAUUCGCUGCCCAUCUCCCUCGUGAUGUCCCUUUCGCAGACCCUGCAAGGUCUUCACUGGAGUCGUGUGCCGAACGACAACGAUGACGAAGUGGCCGCACGUGGCAUUCUAUAUUUGCUUAUCUUCCAGCAGCUGGGCCAGCUCGUGCGGUGGAGCUGGGGCUACCAUGUGCUCCUCGCUCCCCGCGACCGGUACCUGGAAGAGGGAGAUCAGGAUGCCACUCGCAUUGGACAAGGCCAGGAGCGAUACACGGACAACCCGGAGCAGAUCGAUCCAGAUGAGCCAUUGGUGCGGACCAGAAGCUUCGAUGAACGGACCCAGUCUUCUGGAGAUUCUCAGCAGGACUCGGACGAAUUUGCGUCUGGUCAAGAAACCCCUGUGACGGCCCGGGAUUAUACUUACGCCAAGCUGUCGCCCCGUAGCGGAGGAGGUGGUGAUCUCGAUCACCCAGCCCUGCUGGAUGCGCCUCCCGCGCCGUUUAUUCCUCGACAAAGCUCCACUGGCGAUAUGUUGUCUUUCCCCGAUGUCCAAGAACGCUACGGGAAGAAGGGCUUCAUCCCUCGCGUCAAGGUUUCCGCUUGUCGCUUCGGUAGUCGCGUUGCGAGCGGAUGGGAGCGAGGAACCGGGUCUGUAUUUCAACGGUUGCCAUCUUGCGUCCAGACGGCGCUGACGGUGUGCUCGCGCUGGAUCCGGAAGUUCUUCCACGGGCUGUGGGAGUUCAUGAACCCGCCCCUCUGGGCCAUGCUCGUCUCGAUCGUGGUGGCCUCCGUCCCGUCACUGCAGAGUCUCUUCUUUGAUGAAGGGACCUUUGUGCGCAACUCCGUGACUCGGGCCAUCAGCCAGAAUGGCCAGGUUGCGGUUCCCUUGAUUUUGGUCGUGCUGGGAGCCAACCUGGAGCGCAACACUCUCCCGAAAGAGGCGCUUGAAGAUGUCGAGCAUCCCAAGGAAGAAAAGAAGCUGAUCUUCGCUUCUCUGGUGGCCCGCAUGGUCCUUCCCACCAUCAUCAUGGCCCCUAUCCUUGCGUUGCUGGCCAAGUACGUGCCAGUCAGCAUUCUGGAUGACCCGAUUUUCAUCAUCGUCUGUUUCCUGCUCACUGGAGCCCCAUCGGCACUCCAGCUGGCACAGAUCUGUCAGAUCAACAACGUCUACGUCAGCGCCAUGUCCAAGCUCUUGUUCCAGAGCUAUGUGGUGUGGAUCCUCCCAUCAACCCUGGUCCUCGUUAUGUGUGCAUUGGAGGUCGUCGAAUGGGCCUCCGCCUCCUAAAAUUCGAUAUGCAUCAGUUCUGCAUGGCUUAUUAUUAUCGGUGUCUGGCGUUUGCGUGCUCUCCUUCAUCUCUUUACUGUAUUAUUGGCAGCCGUCUCGAUUAGGAUGGAUGGGAAGAUACCAAAUUGGAACG